GACGUAAUCAAUAAUCAUAAUUUGUAAUGGCGGCUCCAUUGACAGUAUUUUUGAUGGUCUUCGGACUUGAUCUAACUCGUAAAUUUUUGAGCGACUUUCUUCCACGGAUGAUAAACAAACGUGGGACUGACGAAAGAGAACUUGUGGACAAUAUCAAACACAAAAAGUAUGAACUAUCUCAAAUAAGUCCUCAGAAUGAAUUCAGCAAAUAUGCGAAGCUGAGACGAGUCAUUGACAAGUUACAAGAAAAAGCAAAAGCGAAAGGAAUUGAGCACCAAAAGAAAAGGAUCAAACUCAAAGGUGCUUUGUGGGUCAUAGGCAUGGUCCUGACAGUAUUAUGUCAUUUGUUUUUGGCAUGGACGUAUCUGUCCUCUCCUCUAAUUAUAUUACCUGAGGAAUGGUUGUACCCUUUGACAGUUGUUUUAAAAUUUCCAACAAAUGUUAAUGGUGCCAUUGGUCUGCCAGCUUGGCUGUUAAUUUGCAACUGUGUAAUUUUUCAACUCAAACAUAUGUGGUCAAUUCUUCCAGAAGCCUUGAGAAGUGACAAUGAAAAUAAGAUAUUAGACUCCUCAUAAGAGAAAUGAUGUAGAUUAGCAUAUUUCAUCAGAACUUGUACAAAGAAACUGUUCAUUAAAUUAUAAAUUAUUUGCUUUAA